GAGAAGCAGUUCAGUUCCAAGGAGCAAAGUUUCAAAUCAGGAUGUGAAAGAAUGAAGCAGGAGAGUUCGCUAUUAAAAUAUUUAAAUUCUUAAUGGGUUACGAUGCAUUUAUUUAGGGAACUUGGAGUGAUUUAUGAGCAAAGGUGGUGACAAAAAAGAAAAGACUCAUUUCAUAUUCCUGGCUUUAAUACUUUUGUCAGAGCUAUGGUGUCAGACGUGGUGAUCCUGUCAGUCUACAUCCUUACCUUCUUAAUUGGCCUGCCGGCCAACAUGCUCGCCUUGUACACCUUCAUCAAGAAGCUCCGCAACAAACCCACACCCACUGACUUCCUCCUGCUCAAUCUGACGAUAUCUGAUCUUCUUUUCUUGCUCUUCUUGCCUUUCAAGAUGUAUGAGGCAGCAUCUCAAAUGAUUUGGCUUCUCCCUAGUUAUCUGUGUCCCCUUACCACAUUUAUAUUCUUCUCCACCAUCUAUACUAGCUCGCUGCUUCUGAUGGCUGUCAGUGUUGAUCGUUACCUUUGUGUGGCAUUCCCGGUCAAGUAUAAGAUCCACCAGAAGCCUAUUUAUGGAGUCAUCUGUAGUGGUUUUAUCUGGAUCACAACAUCAACUCAUCUUUGCUUUGUAUACAUUGUGGAUCACCUGACUGGGGGGGAUAGCCAGGUCCAUGACUGCUACAACAACUUUACUCAAAUCCAGCUGGAUGUAAUUUUGCCCAUGCGUCUGGAGCUAUGCCUUAUUCUUUACUUUCUACCGCUUUUUGUUUGCACAUUCUGCUACACAAGAUUCAUCUUCAUUCUCAGGCGCACAGCCAGCCUUAACAAGGGCAAGCGACGCAGGGCUGUUGGCAUGGCUAUGGGCACACUGCUGGUCUUUGUUGUCUGCUUCCUUCCCUACAACAUCACGCACAUCUUGGGCUACAUCAGCAAGGAUAAUGUGAGCUGGAGAUCUGAUGCUUUGCUUCUCACCACCGUCAAUACAGUCUUCGACCCAAUCACAUUUUAUUUCUCCUCAGCUGCCUUUCAGGGAACUCUGAAGGGUCUCCUGAGACCCAGGACUAAGACUCCUUACACUGGCAAUGGAAUCGAAAAUGUCUACACUACACAGAAUCGAGUUAGAGAAGAAGACCAGACUAAAAAUGUUGAUGAAGUGCAAAGUGGAUAGAGAGUCUGAUUUUCUGAAAAAAAACUUCUUAAUA